UCCUCUCGGCGUCUCUGUGGUGCUGUGCAAAGCACAAAGCCAAACUAAAGGCAGACACAUGAUUCUUGAGCACAAUCGCAUUGCAUUUUGUUUGCAUCCCGGUGCUCGCUAUUCAUCCCCCAGAAAGCUUCGCCCCGCAUUCGCCUACCAUGAGCACCGGGGUCGGGCUGGGGCUCCAUCUGCCGAAGUCGCCAGCACCGCGCCCGACAUCGUCCUACUCGGGCUUCCAGCUCCCGUCCUCGAGCUCGUCCGUGGACUCGGACGACAAUGACGACGACGACUCCGCCCUCCCGUUCCCGACCGCGCUAGCCCGCAAGGACUUCCUAGCCCCUGACUUUGACCCCGCCGCCUAUCUGUCCUCGCUUUUCCCCUCGGACGCCGACACGACCUCGGCCCACCGCCACCAGACCCUCGAGGAUCUGCGCUCGGAUCUCCGAGACCGCAGCGCCGCAAUCUCGGCCGAGCUCCUGGAGCUGGUCAACUCCAACUACACGUCCUUCCUCGGCCUUGGCGACGAGCUCAAGGGCGGCGAGGACAAGGUCGAGGACGUCCGCGUCGCGCUGCUCGGGUUCCGCCGAGCCGUCGAAGACAUCAAGGAGCAGGUCCGUCGCCGCCGCGUUGACGUCUCGGACGCCUGCGCCGAGCUUGGGGAGGUCAGGGCCAGCAUUGAGAGAGGGCGGCGCAUGCUCGAGCUUGACGAGAGGGUCGCUGCGCUCGAGGCCCGCCUGGCGGUCGACAGCUUGCCCAAGAACGCUGCGGACAACAUAUUCAAUGUCGAUGACAGCGACGAGGACGAUGAGGCCGAAGGAGGCUUCGGCGAUUCUGCCAACGCGGAGCGGACGUUUGUCGGCAGCAGUCCCGCCAAACUCAUUUCACUAGCGACGGAAUAUCGUGUGAUUGAACAGCUCGUCGGUUCGAUUGGGAUCGAAAUGCCAUUCGUCAUUAAGAUGGGCGACAGGAUUACCAAGUGCCGGAAUACCUUGUUGCUCGAUCUGAAUACAGCAACAAAGGAAGUGAAGAAUGCGGGAGCUCGCGGUCAGUCAAGGAUGCUAAAGUAUCUUGCUAUAUAUCGACUUCUCGAGGCCGAAGAGGACGCCAUUGCCGUAUUCAAGAAGAAGUGAAAGUGGAAAGGCUCUAGAGGGCAGAUCACGGAAGAAUUUCCAUUCACGAAAGAAGAUGUCUUGGUAUACCCCCAACAAAAGUUCACAUGAAGCCAUCAAAAUAGUAGCGCCAAUCCCGGCAUUGCCCCUCUACUCCAUGAGAGCGUAUUGUACAUAAUCUAAGGACAUCCGACGCUACAUCGGUGUUGAUAGUGCCGUGGUCGUCACGGUAGGGUCUGAGGGGUUGAACCCGCCGCUCAAACUGAAUCCGGGGCUGUGUGACGCGCUGAGAACGAUCUCAUCGAUGCCCUUGUCCGUCUGGUCCUCGAGAGCACUCAUAUCCUUCUUCAGCUGAGCGAUAAAGACCUUGACGUUGUCGGCCAGCAUCUCGGGCGUGAACGAGAGCUUGCCAAUGGGCAUUCUCACAACACCUUCCUUCUCCCUGUAGUCUGAUGCCCCAAUCAUCUCGCGCAUCAUGCUCUUGACGUCCUUGGCGACCGUAC